AAACUUAUGUAGUUGGACUUGAGUCGCGCUUCAAUGACGACAACUUGCACACGCCGGGCACCGCCACCGAACCUAAGAUAAUACGAUAAUCCAAUGCUAUAAUUUAUAACUACCAAUACUUGACUUCGGACAACAAUUCAGUUUCGCUUGCUCACUCGCUUUCAAUUGCAUUUUUCCCACUUGCAAUUACCAUUUACAUUUACAUUUACAUUUCAAUUUUGUGUUUUUCACACACGUGUUUUUCCCUCUGUUACUUCGCCUCACCUUCGGUAGUGGUUAUUUUUUUCGACUCGCACGGAAAAAAGUACAUCGACUGCCAGCCGAAUAAUCCCAAUUCGAAUUUUGAUUUGACCAAUUUGACGGAAAAUUAAUUGCGCUUGAAAUAAAAUCGACAAGCGAUAUGUAAUUUUUUUACGUGAAAACGAGCGUGUUAUAUAUAUAUAUAUUUGUUACAUUUUGAUUUUACAAUUGAUUGUGUUUAAGUUAAUUACAUUUGUGUUUGUGUGACACGAUCUGAACCGAAAUUUGCGCCGCGCAUUCCCAGAUCACAACCUACUAAAUGCCUUUCGUCGAACGAUUUCAACAAAUACGUAAUUUUGUUAUGAACGUCUGUCUCGUCGAGGCCGUCCAAUUCGUCCAGGAUUUCUCGCACGCCAUUUGCCUGGACUUCCAGGGUCUGCUGUUCAACUUCAAGUAGAGAGAGAGAGAUCGAGUUCCAUCGCUCACCCACUCAUUACACACUCACACCCCACACGCAUUUCACCUCACAUCGCUGACCAGAAACGCAU